AUGGCACGAUAUGUUUCUGUCGAGUACGGAAACCUUCUGAUCACCAAGGAAUACGAAUACGGCUCCUACACGCCUCGAGUAAUUCACCACAGUGAAUUGGCAUUCGCAGAACACUCACCAGACUUCUGCGAACCCGACCCGCGUCUUGGCUCCGUUGGAACAAAAGGAAGGUACUGUUCCACCAAUGACACAGAAAGAACACAAUCCAAUCACUGCCAGAACAUGUGCUGCGGUAGAGGAUAUGUGACUUACGAGGAAACCACCUUUACCAACUGCAACUGUCGCAUAACUAGGGAUUUCAGAGUUAUAUGUGACAAGUGCCCCAGAAUUGUUCUACGAAACAUUUGUAAAUGA